GAUGUAUUUGCUUGAUGAUUUUGAUGAUGACAUUGGACAAAAUAUAACAUUUAUUCUUUGUUUCAUACAUAAUUGAUGACUCAAUGAUAUUGUUAUAUGGAAAAAAGACUUUGGACUACCUUGUUGCUGAAAGUAGCUAUGGAAAUAAGCUUGACUUGACUUUAUUAUGUACAAAUAUAAUAAUAAGGCUCUUUUAAAAAGGGACAGCUCAAACAUAAAUGUCAUCAUUAAAUGUGUUUUGACUGAUUAUAGCAUAAGCUUAUUCCAUAUGCAGCUAGUUAUGAACUGGUUACAAAAUAUAUAUUUAAUACAAUAAAACAGGACAAAAUUGAUCACCACAGGUAACUUUCAUUUCAUACCACAUGCAAACAGACAUACAAAAAUACACCCCCACACACACACACAUUUAAUCACUGACGCACGUAUGCACACACUCUUUUGCUCUCUCUCACUCAAACAUUUAGUUAUUUCAUAUUUGAGCAAUUAUUAUAUAUAUGUACAUAAAUGUAUAUAUAUAUGUAUAUUUUUUGUAUUGCAUUUUUUAAAUGAUCAGAGAGCUACAGGUUCUCACAUCAUCAGAAACAAGUUCCACUACUUAACAGCCUUUAUAGAAUAAAGAGAUUGCCUGGUAACAUUAGGCAAACUGGUAUGGUGCAAUCUCUUGCCAACAAAGCAGCUAUUUCACUGGUGCACUGCAGUGGAAUAGCACUACAGUGAAUAUGCACGGCCAGUUUCAUAUUUGUUGCCCUCAAUAUUUUUAUUAUUUUAUUAUUAUUAUUUUAUUGAGAAGUCCAGCCAAAGUCCAAAUUUCAAUCUGAUCAUCCUGGAACUAAAUGUUACAAUUUAGAACUGAAUUCCAAGACUGUAGUUCAGGUCUUCACAAAUACUCUUGACCCCUGACCACGUGACUGCUUGGAGGAAAUCGGAACAGUGUUGCUGCAUGUUGCACGACUGGAAGAUUUUGCAGUGACUGGUUAAAACCAGUCACUGCAAAAGAUGAAUCCGAAAUUCAGACGAAACGUGCAUAAAGCCCGUUGGUCACGAAUAAGAUUAUUUAAUUACUGUAAUGUGAAAACUGUUGCAAUCAAUGCAUUUCCAUUGACUGUUUAAAAUGGUAUGAAUAAUUUUUAAAGGCAAUGUUUUGUUAAAAUAUUUGUGAAAUGUGUGAAGUUGGAAUAUUAAAAAUUAUAUCCUUUUUACAUCAUUUUUGUUAAAAAAUGGAAGCUGGGCCGAGUAGUCCUGUUAGUAAAAAGACAGCACUGGGUGUUUCAUUAGUUUGUUUUUGGCUAAAAUAAUGGUGAAAUGUGACAUUUAAAGCAAUACUGAUAUAAUUACGUGAAUAAAGUGUGGACACAUGGUUCCAGUUACUCCGACAAGAAAUCUUCCAUUAAAGACAAUCUAGCAAAUCCUGGCUCUGUGCAUUGUCGGCAUGCAGCUCACUACUGAUGAUAAAAUGAAUACAAAGUCGUACAACAGAUGGAUUUGUAACAGCCUUCUCCCGAGUCUUUCGAUUGGUUCACGUAUUACCGCUCAUGGGUGAGUGAUUUAUAUUUAUACGACAAAAGUAAAAAGGACAAAUGAUUGUGGAAGAAAAGAAUAAAACCUGCGAAAAAAAGAAAAGACCUUCACUUCCAUGGGUCAUUUUUCUUGGAGUAAUGACUCCAACUCAAUUAGGUAUGACAGAGAAAGCGGGAGAGGGAAGGUCUGGAAGCAAAUGACAGAAAGACAGGAUGAGGGACAGAAGGGAGUGCAGAGAGGUGGACGUGUCAAAGAAAGGGUGUGGAAAAGAGAGGAGGUGAGUGAGGCACAAGGAAAGGGGAGAGGUUGGCUCUGCUCGGGGUGAACGGGAGGUCAUCUCGUCUCACCAACAUUAAAAUGUGGAUCAGGGACGCGGGGCGUCACGCCUCGCGCGUUAAACAAAGAGUGUGCCAAACUGGCAGAUUAAUUUGAAAACUUGAGUCCGCACACUUAAAGCCUUAAAGAGACCACAGUCUUCACAGCAGCCCCGCUCUGCUCUGUCUACCUCUGUCCCAAAGCCUCCACUUUCCACCAGGCGCUGAUCUCUGCGGAUCCUCCCGCACCGACGGCGUGGGACGGCAGCGAAUGUGUCCGGCUGUGCGGGUUCCUUCCUCCCCCUGGGAGAUUUUCGUUAAAUCAGUUAAAUCUAAGAAUCGCUCUUAGAGGACCGUGUGAAGCAUGCUGCCGAAGAGUCAUAUUUUCGUUUCCCAAGAGGACUGAAGCGUGCGUGAAGGGGCUAAUCUUCUGAAACGGCAGCCUCCUAGUUAUUACCUAUCACUGAUUUAGAAGCUGGUCUAAGACAAAACACACUGAAGAACCCAAUGCUGGAUGAUCAGAGCGGGGAAGCGCGGAUUUAAGUCGAGACAACUGAAGGAAAACGCGUCUUGUUACGCAGAAAUACAUGAAGGCGUCCAGGAUUGUGUUGGUAGCAUAAAUUAAAACAAAAAAGAACCUGCAUGACAGGGCAGAACCAGGAUCAGAAACAUGGAUCAAUUCGGUGGCAGCGACGGAGGAAAGAAGAUAUUACGGAAAGGGAGUGGGCCGGCGCAAUAGCUCAAGCCUUGACAACCAAAUAGAUAAUCAACAAGACGAAUGGCUUCUUUUGGGAGCAGUUCCACACAAGACCCCUUACUCCAGGAGUGAGGGAGGGCAAAGAGCACAUAGACACAGGAAAAAAAAGGAGACGUCUUGCAAGACACAUGGAGGAUUGACACCCCCACCCUCUUCACAGCUCCUUCCCCUGCACACACACACACACGUGCGCACACACACACACACACAAACACCUCCUCUUGCCAAUCAUCAGCAAACUAUUUUUACAUCCCACAAAUGGCCUGUCUUCCUAUAAAAUGAUAUAAACUGUUUUGUUCCUUAGUGCUAAGAACUGAAGCCCCGAAAGGAAACAGUCAGGAGUCCUCACAGCGCGCGGAAGAUGGCCUUGAGUUUACUGGAAGUUGCGACAAAGGUCAGGUUGCAGGGGACCGUUGGAGAGACACCGUCACGUGACCCCCGGUACCAAAUGGUCUUCCGGCAGUGGUUUUCAUUAAGGACCGGAGCAAAAGAAGACGCUGCCAUCUCUCUCAGAAAUGCAGAAGACAACAUACUACGACAACUCCCCAACGCUUUUUGGUGGCUACUCUACCUACCAGGUGCAAGGAACAGCAGCAGCUGCCAAUGGCUUUGGGGGCUACGAUGCCCCGGUCCCAGUGUCCCACCACCAACCUCCCUUCCAGUCCCCAACCCAUCUGGAUGUGGAUUCGUACCAACGCUCCGCCUGCUCUUUGCAGUCACUAGGCAAUAAUAGUGGCCACCAGCAGCAGCAGCUAGCCAAGACCAAGGAGCUGAAUGGCAGCUGCAUGCGGCCCAGUUUGCCGCCUGAGCACCACCCAGCCUCCCAGGUGUCCCCUCCACUGCCCCCCAAAUCCAGCAAUGGUAAUGUCACCACUCAGCAGCCGGGGGGCAGUGCUGGGUCUUCUACAGUCUCUAAAUCAGGCCCUAAUAAGUCAUCAAACUCUGCCUCCUCCACAUCUUCUUCUACAUCAUCCAGCUCCUCUUCACUGCCGCCCAACCCAACGCUAACCAAGCAGAUCUUUCCCUGGAUGAAGGAGUCUCGACAAACAACCAAGCAGAAAAACUGUUCACCCAGCAACAACUCCGGCAACGCAUCAGGGGGCACUGAGAGCGGCAGCAGUGGGGAGAAGAGUCCUUCCGGAGGUUCGUCUGCAUCAUCCAAGCGCGCUCGAACAGCGUACACCAGCGCUCAGCUGGUUGAGCUGGAGAAGGAGUUCCACUUCAACAGGUACCUGUGCCGACCCAGGCGUGUGGAAAUGGCGAACCUGCUCAAUUUGUCCGAACGGCAGAUUAAGAUCUGGUUCCAGAAUCGACGCAUGAAGUACAAGAAGGACCAGAAGUCCAAGGGCUUGAGCUCCAGCUCUGGAGGACCAUCUCCGGCAGGUUCCCCUCCUCUCACCAUGCAGUCCUCUGCCAGCUUCCUGAACUCAAUGCAUCCAAUGGGAGGGGGAGGAGGGGGCCCUACUUAUGAGACCCCCUCCCCACCAUCCUUUGGAAAGCUGCACCAGGGAGUGUCUUAUUCUAUGUCCACUGCCUAUUCCAAUGUUCCUAUGAAGGGCUGCCCUCCUCAGAAAUACGGUGCCCCAGAUCCAGACUAUGGUGAUCCCCACCACAGCCUAGUGCAGGCCAACAAUGCUGGCUAUGGGACGCCAACAAACAUGCAGGCCAGUCCAGUCUACGUUGGGGGUGGCAGCUAUGUGGAGCCCAUGGCUGGCUCCGGGCCCUCCAUGUAUGGCCUAAACCACCUGGGCCCUACGCCGCCCCACCACCAAACCAUAGACUACAAUGGCGCAGGGCCCAUGUCAACUACCAACCAGCACCAUGUGGGUGGAGGGGGCCCUCAGGGUCCCUGUGACCCACCCACACACCCAACUUACACCGAGCUGUCAGCACACCACACCUCAACUCAGGGCAGAAUCCAAGAAGCACCCAAGCUCACCCACCUGUAGCAAGUUUGGAACAAAAUGACAAUGUAGGAAUUAGAAAAUAACAGAAAAUGUAACAUGACAUGACUCACUAAGAGACAAACCAAAAUGUGGGACAAUGGGAGGGGCGAAGCAGGACAGAAAGGUGCCAUCCAGUGGUUUGUGAAAUCCCCUGUGCCGUAAUAUGCAAGCAAGAAACAGUGUUAAAUACCACUACCUUCAUUACAACAGCAUCAAAUCUGUUAUAUUAAGGACAAACAUUCCUUAUUGUUUUUGAAAGAACUGUUUGUUUUAUUUUAGAAACAGAAAGCUAAAAGUAAAAAGAGAAAAAAUCAGAGAUUUAACUAAGCUUUGGCUGAACAUCACUGUGACAAUUGGAACCUCAUAAUUUAUUACAGUAAAUUUGAAACAAAACCUAUAGUGUUUAUUAUGUCAUCUGGCUUCCUAUUCAGUAUUGAAUUUGAUUUUUCAAUAUAUUAUCCUACCUCUUAAGAAUGAGCGUCUACCAUAGCAAGAAAUAUUUCAAUAUUUCAGUCAGUUAUGUUGAGUGUAUAAAUAAACAUCCAUGUUCAUAGAUUUAUGAUAGGCAUUAGUAGAUAUUUGUAGCAAAUUGCAACAAUAGUAUAGUGAGCAUGGGGUUUAAAAAGCCUACAAUGACCCUUUAAGAGGUACAGCAUGGUUUCAAAUUUUCCUUUAAUGGCAAAAUAUCCCCCUAAGAAACAUAUAUACACACAGCUCUCCUGUCUGGUAGAUGAAAUGGUUGAGAUUUUAAUGGGCUGUUAAUGAGGUGGUUAGAUUUAUUAUGCUGACUUCUCUCCCCUGCAGGCAACACGUGUUGUUGUCAGCAGAGCUGAGCUAUGUGGACUGAUCUGUCUCUCCAUCACUUAGAACAUGAGGCAGAGAAAAAUAUAUGGCUCAAGCUGGCAGCACAGAGCUUCCUUUGAGCCUGGUGUUUUAUGAAGCACAUCACAACCACUGGACAGCUUUCCAGUCACUGUCUUUUCCCCCUGCAGUACCCAUCUCUGUCUGUCUAGACCCAAUCAUUACUAACCCAAUCUCACCUGCUUCCCCAUCCGCCCCACCUUCCUAGCACACACAACCACAUAUGCACGCAUACAUAUUCAUCCGUCCCAUCACUGUAACAGGGUUUAAGAUGAGAGCUUAAAGGCUGAACUAGCUCAAACAGGCACACUCUUGUUCUAAACUACCUUUUGACAGUCACGUCGGCAUACACACACAGCAACACUAAGCUAACUUCCUUUCACUGACACAUGUCCAGAAGCAGCUUUCCAGCUGCUGACAUCUCUAGACAAAUACAAGAGGGCACAGAAUCUACAAUUUUAGUGUCCUUAUUUAGCACAUCAUUGAGACAGGGUAAAAACGAAGAGUGGAGAGAACUAUUUAUUUAUGUUUAAAAAAGUCAUUGACAUUACCCACCUCACCCACAAACUCCCAUCCCAUUACACACUUUGGUAGAUACCAAUGUGUGAAACCCCAUUUCCUCUUGUUUUAUUUUGUUCCCACAUGUCUUGACUUUUAACAUGGAAACAGGGUAUAUAUUUGAACAAAAAAAAUGCAUGUCCCACAUUUCUGAGCAUAUGUGUAAAACUUAUUUUUAUAACAACUGGAUUUAUUUUUUCAUCUAUCAGUGAGUAGAUUUUAGAAAAUACAUGUCAGACACUUCCAACUGUUGAACUCGGUGUCUCCAGUGACUGGGCACUGUGGAGUGGUUGAGCCAUCCACUCUCACUGAUAAUCAAGAAAUAAAUCCCUCAAGUUGUUUUUAAAAGCUCAAGAUUUACUCAAAUGCUGUUUUACAGCUGGGCAUCAUUGUUGCACUUAGAGUUUACAUUUUGAUGGUUAAUGGUUAAAAAAAAAUAGAUAAAAUCUUAUUUUGAAGACGGAAGGCCGUCCAAUCAAAGCGUCUGUCGCUAAUGUGUGUUCAAUUGAACAUUCACAUAUAAAUAUUUAUUUGUUAUAGCCAGUUUAAAAAGAGUUUCGUUUUGUAAUAAUAUUAUUUAUCCUUUGUGUAUUUAUAUUGAGGAAGAAAAUCCUGUACUUUUUUAGUAUUUACCUGUAAUAAAAAGCAACAUUGUGUUUCCUCUUGUCCAUGUACUGAAGUUACAAUUUCAGUUCUUGUAUUUUAGAAGAAAAUAGGUAGUUUUUUUGUUAUUAUUACCCUUUUUAUGUUAUUAUCCUUGUACAUAAAUGUCUUGGCUUGUACAGGGAAAGACGAGUGUUGGGUUUGGAUAUCCACCCAUAGUCUGAAAAUAGAAACAACCUAUUAGCAGGAAAGACAAAAAAAUCCUUUUGGAGGAAACAUUUUUCUGUCCUUUGUAGUUUCUAUUUUUUUUUCACUGUUGAUAAAGUUGUCUGUCAAACAAUUCUUUAAUAAAAUUUUAUGUUACA